GUCCUGAACUUGACUCCACCCGCCUGGUGUGACUGCAGCCUUUAAUGAAGCGCACCAGUCCUCAAUUGUAAUCCGCUCUGACAGUUUCACUUCCCUGUUCACCAGUUCUGUUCUUCACUCCUGUUUGCUGGAACCAACUUCCUCCUCUGUGUGUCUGUUCGCUGUGGGUCACGCUGCACGUUCUAGACAAACUGAGGCACACGAGGACGCUCAGCUGUUUGGGAAUCAUCACAUGGCAGAACCAGGUCCAACUGUGGCCCCAGCUGAAGCUCCCAGUUGUUCCAGUUUAACCACCAAGGAGCUGCAGGAGAACCUAAGGGCGGAGAAACAGAGGGAGCGACCCGUCAGGUUGCUGUUUGAGAUCCCAUCAGCUCGGAUUGUUGAACACACUCUGUCUAAAUAUGUGGUGUACGACGUCGUGGUCAUGUGCUCAGGCAGCUUCGAAUCCCGCCGUGUUUCCGUGGAGCGCCGCUACCGCGACUUCUUUCGUUUCCACCAGCGUCUGCUGGAUGAGUUCCGAGAGGAGCUGGAGGAGCUGGUUCUCCCACGCAAGCACCUGACCAGGAACCUCAGCGCUGACGUCAUCUCUGAGCGCCGUCUGGCGUUGCAGGCCUACCUGGCCAAGCUGAACGCUGUGCGCUGCAUCCGGCACUCCCCCCACUUGGCGCGGUUCCUCACCGAGCCGGAGCAGAGGCAGGCGCACGGCUUGGUGAGAGCGGGGCAGUUCAAACUGGCCUUGGAUCAGCUGCAAGUGGUUCUAGAGAUCCAGGAGAAGUUCCUGCCGUGGCAGAACCCCACCCUGACCGUACCCACCCUGUCGGCCCUCGCCACCUGCCACCGGGACCUGGACGAGCCAGAGCAGGCGUUUGCUGCCGCUCACAAAGCGCUGCCUGCAGUCCGACGGUAUGGGUUAAACCGCUACCGAGCAGCGCUGCUAGACUUGUUGGUGGACCUGGGUUACCAGCUGGGUCGUCCUGUGGCCCAAUUACAGGAGGAGCUGACAGUGCUGAGGGACGCUGAGAGGGGGGAGGCAUCUCAUCACUCUCUCAAGGAGCUGGUGGUCCAGGAGUUUGUCUGA